CAAUAUUUGUACCUUGUAUACCAUAAUUUGUAGUGUUCGAAUAAGUGAAUAAUGGAGCAUAGGGCUCCGAUUGACGAGGUGUCCGCGGAAAACAAGCCUGCCAUUUGUCCGCUGGCCGAUUGUCAGGCGGUUGUGCAGCACACCCACUUGCUGCGCCACAUGAUCAGCGAACAUUUGGAUUCGCGGGCGCGAGCUUUGCCCUUUCAACUGCGGCUACGCGAAGUGUCAACAGGUCAGCGCACCCUGCUGAUGCUCGCCUAUCGCCAGCUGAUCGUGGACCAUGAUCAGUGCUUGGCCGUGCUGAACUGGAGCUCCGAUUCCCGCAUCGACCUUAUGGAACCGCAGUUGGACCUGCCGCCCUGCCACCAAGGAUUGAGCUAUCACCUGCCCGUGUUGGUGAUGGUCUGCAGGACCACAUGGAAGUCGCUGUUGCAACAGGACGAUGAAAAGGCCGUCCAGGAAACCAGGGACUUAGCCACGGAAUGGGGCACUGUCUAUCUGCUGUGGCUCGUCUCACCAUUUACGCGUCGUCCGGUUUAUGCAAAUAUAGGCGUGCUGAAUAGCCAGAUGCAGUGCGUCGCCCGGCGGAAUCGGCGACGGGUGCGCAACUUUGCCAGCCGGAUGCCCAUUAGCCAGUUCAUCAACGGGCUGGAUCCGUUCUUUGUCAGCCUCAACGAGGAUCAGCUCGAAGAGCUGUGCGAUGGCGGUGGCAACCGGGUCUCCGUCUUCUUGGAGGUCAUAAUCGAGGGCGAAAUGUCAUAGAAAUGUAACCCUAUUAAUAUGAUUCGUUUUAGCGAUUGUUUGUAUGGCAAACAUUAUAGAAACCAAAUAAAUUCUCAAGUGACAACCCGGA